GAGGGGAGAAGAUUAUGCGAGACACUGUCGGUAAGAGCUAUAUCGGUGGUGUGGCUUCACGGAGAGGAAGGAUGAGACUUCACAGUGAAGAACAAGGGCUGACGGCGGUUAGGUCGGAAGUCUAAAGAUUCUGGAGGUUUCAUUGGGUCGCCGCUUGAUGGGGGAGGUCGACUCCGCUUCGGUGAGGCUUUACCACCGUCGAUGGUCUUGAGAUCUACUCACUACUGCCGUCAACUCUCUCGACUGAGCUAUGAGAUUCAUGACUAUGGCAACCCGGAUCGCCUCUUCCUCCUCAAAACUGCUCUACGGUGGCAGGAGGACAACGGAUCCUGAAUUACCAUCUCCGUUCGACGAAUCUCGUCUAGGCUCCCCAAAGGGUUUCUGUUCCGGUGAGAUUCUGCAAUUCUUGGACGGCGGCUCAGAUCGUGUUUUACGAUAUGAGAUUAGGAUUUUCAACUUUCGGUUUAGAUCGGUUUUGUAAUAGAUGGUUUAGUCUGGUUAUAUGUAAGUGGAUUGAGUCUAAGGGAAAAUGUAUGAGCCUAAAUCCGGAAAUAGUCCAUUGGACCUUAUUUAUAACAUUGAAAACCAUUUUAC